CUAUAAUUUUUCCUCUUUUUUUGGCCAAUAGAAAAAUCUUCCAAAUUGUUAGUUGCUUAUAAUAAUUUCAAAAUUUUAUUAUUUAUAAAAUCCAUUUGAAACACUUGAAGUUUUGGCAAAAAACGUUCCUUUUUAAAGAUUUCCUAGCGCCCAGAAAAUUGUUGAUGAAUUGUUUCUAUUGACUCAGUAAUAGCAUCGUGCGGCGGUUAUAUGUGCGUUAAUGAGCAUUUACAGCGCUGAGAUUGUAAUUGGAAAAAUUACGGUCACUACAGUAUACGCUAUAAUAUUAGAAGUUUUGUGGAGAUGACCAUGGACGCGUCGAAUCAACGUAUGGCUAAAAUUCAAGCGCAAAUCCGCGACGUGCGUCCAACACCCUCUAAUGCUUCAUCGUCUCCCAUGACCAGCGAACAUUUUAUAUCGAAAACCAUUUUUAAUGAUAUUAAGUCAGAAAUAGUUCCAACGCAUGAGCAGGAGCAUCUAAGCUUCCACGCUACAGAAAAAUCGAAAACUAUCAACGACAACGGUCAUAAUGGAGGACGCGUCGAUAACAAACUGAUGAAUAUUCCCCUGAAUGAUAAACCAGGCAAGUCGACGGGUGUAACACGCAAAACCCAUAGUAAAAGUGGUCAAUCUUCGCUACUUGGUAAUGUUAUAAAGGAAAGUAAUGUUGAAGCAGAAAGCUCAAGGGAACAUAACGUAAACGCAUCUCAUCAUAGUUCCCACAACAAUACUCAGCAUCGUCAUCAUCGUUAUCGUCGUCAUACAAUGAGCGAAUAUACACCAAGACAGGAUUAUAAGCUUUUAUUUGCAAAUGAUUUCGACGAUUCUAAAAAACGCAGUAAUUCGGAAGUGCAUUUAUUAGAUUCGACGGAUAGCAUGAAAAACUAUUAUUCGAGAAGUACUACUGAAUCCAGCCAAAAUUCCGAAGGUGACUAUAAAAGCAACGAUUCAUGCCCAGAUGUCUGCAACCAUUCUGAUUCACUUUCAACUUCUUCACCAACAUAUGCCGAACAGAUGAAAAUAUUGCACAUAGUUGAACGUAACGAUUCAUUUCGUAAGAAGGAAGGGGCUGGACUGUACUUGCGAUCGUGCUCAUAUGGCUCUUCACCGUUUACGCGAUAUGAGUAUUGUAAACGCCCUGAUUCCAAUUGGCUUCUACCUAAGCCACAAACAAUGACAAACACCGUUUAUCAUAGAUCAAGCAAAUGCAUUUGCGUUCUCAACGGAUCGGAACCGGGCUUCAAAAUUUUCCAAGCCCCACACCCUGACAUAAAUAUAGCUCUGCCUCUUAAAUUUAAAGCAGAAGAGCUUUUAAUAAUGCGUUCUACCUUAGAUAUACGCAUUCAAAAGGUUUUGCAAACUUUUCAAGAAAAUUCACAUAGCAAAUAUAAAGAGAGUAUUGAAGUUCCGAAGGAGAAUUACAUAAAGGUUUUCCCACCAAAUUUGGCAGUUGGUUCGCAAGAGCAGAGGGGAAGCCAAGAAAUUGUUGAGGUGAACACAUCGGAGACGACAUCAGAAGAGCAAAUUUCCUAUGAAUUGACAGCAAUCAAUAAUCCAAUGAAUUUAACAAAAACAAUUCCACAUUGCCCAAGUGGUGAAAUUAUUGAAGCGAUCGAAAAAUAUUAG